AAAUGAAAACUGAUUAUUGAAUGAAAUUAAAACCUAAGGUAAUUUAAGGUUAAAGAACCAUGUUAACACUACCGUUUGACGAGUCUGUCGUAAUGCCUGAAUCCCAGAUGUGCAGAAAGUUUGCUAGACAAUGCGAGGACCAGAAACAAAUUAAGAAACCAGAAAGCUUUCCAAAACAAGUUGUCCUUCGAGGAAAGAGCAUCAAAAGGGCCCCUGGAGAAGAGACAGAGAAAGAGGAGGAGGAGGAAGACAGAGAAGAAGAAGAUGAAAAUGGCUUGCCUAGAAGGAGGGGUCUCAGGAAAAAAAAGACCACCAAACUACGAUUGGAAAGGGUCAAGUUCAGGAGACAGGAAGCCAACGCACGUGAGAGGAACCGGAUGCACGGCCUCAAUGACGCGCUGGACAAUUUGCGAAAAGUGGUCCCCUGUUACUCUAAAACCCAAAAACUGUCCAAAAUAGAAACUUUACGGCUGGCCAAAAAUUACAUCUGGGCACUUUCUGAAAUUCUGAGGAUUGGCAAGAGACCAGAUCUGCUCACGUUCGUCCAAAACUUAUGCAAAGGUCUUUCCCAGCCAACUACAAACUUGGUGGCAGGCUGCUUACAGCUCAACGCCAGGAGUUUCCUGAUGGGUCAGGGUGGGGAGGCUGCGCAUCACACAAGGUCACCCUACUCCUCAUUCUACCCACCCUACCACAGCCCUGAGCUGGCCACUCCCCCAGGGCAUGGGACUCUUGAUAAUUCCAAGUCCAUGAAACCCUACAAUUACUGCAGUGCGUACGAAUCCUUCUAUGAAAGUACUUCCCCUGAGUGUGCCAGCCCUCAGUUUGAAGGUCCCUUAAGUCCUCCCCCAAUUAACUAUAAUGGGAUAUUUUCCCUGAAGCAAGAAGAAACCUUGGACUAUGGCAAAAAUUACAAUUAUGGCAUGCAUUACUGUGCAGUGCCACCCAGGGGUCCCCUUGGGCAGGGUGCCAUGUUCAGGUUGCCCACCGACAGCCACUUCCCUUACGACUUACAUCUGCGCAGCCAGUCUCUCACUAUGCAAGACGAAUUAAAUGCAGUUUUUCAUAAUUAAUGAGGAAAAUGAAAAUAAACAGUGGUCAUUCACCUCCCACUCUAAUUAAGACAAAGCAGAUGCUUGCGGGCUGAGUAAUU